AUGCAGUCAGCUUCAACAGCGAAUAACAAUAAUGUUAAGACACAUUGGCAGAUUUCACUAUUUGACUCUCACAGUAACUAUCAACACAUUCUUGAUACUUUAAAACAAAUUCCGUCAUCAAUCAAUCAUAUAAAGUUAUUUGAAAAUAUUAUUGAAUGUGAGCAAUUCAUCCGAUCCCUUUCGGAUGAUGAUUGCAUUGUCUUUAUUGACGAUGUUCCAUUGGGCCAACAAAUUAUACCUCGAAUUGAUCAACUUCGACAAGUGUUAGCCAUAUAUAUUUGUAGCGCUGAGAUACAGCCAAAUGAAUCAUGGUUUCGACAGUUUAGAAAAUUUCGAGGCAUAUAUUCUCAGUGGAAUCAACUUGCUACGUUCAUGACAUCAAGUUAUAGGAUUCGACCAGGUCGUGAAGACGAUGAUCUGUUCUCAUUUGACAUAUUCGGCACUGAUGAUGAUCAAGAGAAGUCAACUGCCGAAUUAGAUGGCCAUUUCAUUCAUUCACAACUAUUGAUUGAGACUCUUCAAAAAAUGAAAUCGACUUCAGCGGCAAUCAAAGAAUUUAUUGACUUUUGUCACAAUCAAAAAGAUAUCAAAGAUCAAGACAGUCAAUUGCAACUUGUGCACGAAUUUCAAAACGAAUAUUCAAGUGAUAAAUCAGUGUGGUGGUAUACAAGAAACUCGUUUGUUUAUCGAAUUCUGAACAAAGCACUUCGUGUACAAAACAUCGAUGUACUUUUUGUUUUUCGUUUUUUUCUUCGUGAUAUUGCACAGCAACUCAAAGAAAAUCAAUGGUCAUCUCCAGGAUAUGUUUAUCGAGGUCAAUCUCUGUCGAAAUAUGAAGUGGAAAGAUUGCAGCAAUCAGUCGGAAAGUUGAUUGGAAUAAAUUCAUUGUUCUCAACGACUCUUGAUCCUGAUAUAGCUGAAUUCUUCAUUGGUGGUGGUACGGAGGGUUUAGAGAAAGUACUCUUUAAAAUAUAUGCCGAUCCAUCAAUUGGCGGUAUUAAACCAUUUGCUGAUAUAUCACUCCUGAGCAACUUUUCUGACGAAGGAGAAAUUUUAUUUAUGUCGGGAUCAAUUUUUCGGAUUGAAAGCAUUCAGAUUGAUAAAUACGGAGUAUGGUUGAUUGAACUAAAAUUAUUCAGUAAUCAUAAUGAGAUUUUGGAACCAAUCUUUGAUUAUUUGUUAACAGAGUCUAGUCGAUGCGAAUUAGAUCUUCUCGAAUUUGGUAAUUCACUGCACAAUAUGGGUAAAUUCGAACAUUCAAAAACUUAUUAUAAUCGUUGUCUGGAAUUACUGCCGUCUGAUGAUCAUGUGUGGAAGCCUUACUGUUAUUACUUGCUUGGUUUAGUAGCCACAGAAAACGGUGACGAUGAACGUGCCGUCGAUCUUCUUAAUAAAUCGUUAAACAUUCGAAGGCAAACAUUAAAAUCAUCAGAUCCGAGUAUUGCUGAUACACUCACCGCUAUCGCGCGUGUGCAUUACAAUAGGUGUAACUUUGACCAGGCACUACAAUUGUACCACGAGGCGUUAGCUAUCUUUCAACAAGCGCUUGGUGAAGAUGAUCUGGCGAGCGCCAUGACUUAUACUAACAUCGGUGUCGUCUGUAAAGAACAGAAGAUAUAUCCUGAUGCACUUGAUUAUCAUAAAAAAGCUCGGGAGAUUCGAUUAAAACAUUUGCCACGGACUCAUUUCCGCUUUGGUACAUCCUGGAAUAAUAUGGCAGAAGUUCAUCAACGUCUUGGCGAAUAUGACACGGCAUUGGACUAUUAUAAGCGCGCGCUUGAAGUCUACAAGAAAUCGCUACCAUCAGAACAUAUAGAGAUCGCUAUUGUAUUAGUAAAUAAAGGCAGCAUUGAAGAGAAAGCCGAUUUAUGGACAGCACUACCUUUAUAUAAAAAAGCGCUUAGCAUUUGCCUUCAUAUGUGGCCUGUGGAAAAUCCUCAUCUUUUGCAUAUCAAAAAUAUUAUCCAAAGUGCUGAAAACGCUCGCGAAAAUAUGAAUUUGUCUGAGUCACUGCCGGAACUAUUUGAAAGACUAUUUCGUCCCUUCAAGUGCAUCGCUUCCCUCGAUCCACGUACCUUACACAGACAAACUCAUCAGUAA